UCUCUGUUCCAGUCCGUUAUUAUAUCUAUUAUUUUAAUGGAGUUUUUGCUACUGAACUGGGGAUUUUGGCUAGUGAAACAGUGCUGUAUGUAACCUUUUUUUCCUCCUUUUUGCUGUCAUUAUUGUCAUCGAUGUUGUUGUGGUGGGGGUGGGUGAAAUGCUUUUGCCUUCUCUUCUGAAAGGAAGAGAUAAAUUCUGAGGAUUUUAGUCUCAUUAUGUCAUGUCUAGAACUUACUGUCUUUUGGUGCUAGAUCAAACUUGUACUUUAUGAGUAAUUGGCUAUCAGAUCCCAUACUGAACCUGGGCCAGUUUAAACUGGGAUAGCUGUCUUGCCGUUAAGUUGACAAACCUAGAUGGAUAUGACUUAUUGCAAGGUGCUGAAUCAGUACUUGUGAAGAAUAGUUUGUGAAAUCUCAAGGCCAUAAAUGAUUCUUUACUACAAAUAUAGGUUAGGUUUUAUCUUGCUGAAUGAAUAUGCAAUAGAUAUAUGGAUGUUGGUUAUAUCCAUGAACUAUUAAUUGGAUUCUUACGGUUGGUGACACUAUUGUCUCAGUAAAUGUUUUCACAUUUUCUUAUUACCCUAGCUGGAAAGAAUUUGCUUCUAGGUCUUUUUGAAGUGAUGGUAAAACCCUUUAAAAUGGUGCUACAUAUAUAGUAAGUGGCCUCUUUGUUGAAAUUAACUGGCCCAACAAUGAACAUGAUUAGAUGAUUGCAAAAAAGCAUUGCAUAUUUUUUGAGGAUGAGCCUGUUUUUUAACUUGCAAUUGUCUUUUCAUUUAUCAUUCAUCUCAUAAUAUUACUUCCAUUUGUCAUGUUCUUUUAUUUGCAUCUUGUGUCCUAUUUGAAUGAUGAUAUGCUACAUGUCAAAAACUAUGUUGCAUAAAUAUUAUUAACUGAAAAUAGAGAUGAUCCAGUUAUUGAUCUGUGGAUCCAUUUCCUGGCAGUGGAAUGUGGUUUUGGUUGGUGAAUACACAUGCUAUCUAUAAAAAAAUGCCAGGGAUUGGAACUCCCUUUCUUUGACAAUACUGUCGAUCUUUAUAGGAGAGCUUGCAGUAUUUUCAGUUCCCAAUCUGAGCUGUUGCAGAUAUGGGACUUCUCAGGGCAGACAAGCCAGUUUGUUAUGAAUGAAAUCAUCAAUUUGCCCAACAUUUCUUCUGGAAAACCAGGGAAAGAGACUCUUCUUGAAUUGCAUGUUCAUGGGUUUUUUGUUACUACAACUGAGAGCAAUAAGAGAUUGGCUGAACUGUCUAGGACAGAAAAUAGCCUUGGCAAGAGUCAAGUAAAGACAAAUGGCAGCAGUGACAACCUAAGCUUGAUGCUAACUGACAGAUCACCAUCUGGUAGUGGUUAUAGAGGCAUUGGUCUAUUGAGCUUGACAGGACUACAAAAUCUUGGAAAUACUUGUUUCAUGAACAGCGCAAUUCAGUGUUUGGUGCAUACUCCACAGCUUGUUGAUUACUUCCUAGGAGAUUAUCAAAAAGAUAUAAAUUAUGAAAACCCUUUGGGAAUGAAUGGUGAACUUGCUUUAGCGUUUGGAGAACUGUUAAGAAAGCUAUGGGCUCCAGGUGCAGUGCCAGUGGCUCCAAGAAUGUUUAAGUGUAAACUUGCUAAGUUUGCUCCCCAAUUUAGUGGCUACAAUCAGCAUGAUUCGCAAGAAUUUCUUGCUUUUCUGCUGGAUGGCCUUCAUGAAGAUUUGAAUCGUGUAAAAUGCAAGCCGUAUAUAGAAGCCAAGGAUGCAGAGGGCUGUCCAGAUGAAGAAGUGGCAGACGAAUAUUGGCGAAAUCACUUGGCUCGCAAUGAUUCCAUCAUAGUAGAUGUCUGCCAAGGCCAGUAUCGGUCAACAUUGGUGUGUCCUGUUUGCAAGAAGGUGUCUGUGACAUUUGAUCCAUUUAUGUACCUAACACUGCCAUUACCUUCAACAACUAUGCGGACAAUGACUUUGACAGUUUUCAGCACUGACGGCAUUAUGUUGCCAACUCCAUUUACCAUUGCUGUUCCCAAGUGUGGGAGGCUCAAGGAUCUUAUCGACACAUUAAGUGUGGCAUGUUCUUUAAGAAAUGAUGAAACCCUGCUUGCGGCUGAGAUAUACAAGAAUCAAAUUGUUCGUUUGCUGGAUGAACCAUCGGAUUCAUUAGCCUUGAUCAGAGAUGAUGACAAACUUGUUGCUUAUCGGCUACCAAAAGUUAGCGAGACAUACCCAUUAGUGGUGUUCUCACAUCAGCAGGUGGAAAGGCCUUAUACUUUUGGUGUGGUGGCAUCAAACUGGAAGCCAUUUGGUGUUCCUCUUGUAGCAAGGAUACAGGAUCUUUCAAGUGGAUCUGAGAUCCAUGACCAGUUUCUUAAGUUACUCAGUCCGUUUCUAAUGCCAGUCGAAGAUUUGGUAAAUGGUUAUGAUGGUAAUGAGACUGGGAAUACUGUUAAUGAGUAUUCAAAGAUGGAGGAUAUUGUUAGCCCCUUAGUUUCAGAUAGUGAUGUAGGUUCAGAUGGUGGAGCAGAGAAUGAUUUUUGUCUGAAUUCUGACUUCAAAUUCUACUUGAUCAAUAAAAUGGGACCAGUGGAGAUAAAGAUGAAUAAGCCUGUAUCAAUCUCAAGGUUUACCAAGAAGUUUGAUGUGAGUGUUCACUGGUCGGAUAAGAUGAUGGAAAAGUAUGACACAUGCCUUCUCAGCUCAUUACCUGAGGUUUUCAAGCCCCAGUUGUUUACACGAAGGCCUCAAGAAUCCAUUUCCUUGAAUAAAUGUCUUGAAGGUUUCUUGCAAGAGGAACCUUUAGGACCAGAUGACAUGUGGUAUUGUCCAAGGUGCAAGAAGCCUCGGCAAGCCAACAAGAAGUUAGAUCUUUGGAGGUUGCCUGAGAUUUUGGUUAUUCAUUUAAAGAGGUUCUCAUAUAGCCGAUUUUUCAAGAACAAGCUAGAAACUUUUGUUGACUUUCCAAUUCAUGAUCUCAAUCUCUCCCAUUAUAUUUCCCAUAUUGAUAGCCAAUUGUCCAAUUGUUACCAAUUGUAUGCAAUAAGUAAUCACUAUGGAGGCAUGGGAGGCGGUCAUUAUACUGCUUUUGUUGAUCAUGGGCAUGGUAGGUGGUUCGAGUUUGAUGAUGAAAAAGUUUUCCCUGUCAGUGAAGACAGAAUUAAGUCAUCUGCUGCUUACGUCCUUUUCUAUAGGAGAGUCCAGGAGGCGUAACUUUACAUAAUUAAACAUUUAUCAGAAGCAUUGCCCAUUUUUGAAGCCUGAACUGGGGAUUUCAUUUAUGGGCCAACCAACCAAAGAAGCAAAUACAGAUUCCAUUGAAAGGUUAGAGUUUUGAGGAGAAGACUUGUUUUUAUUUACAUUCUCAAAUAGGAGAGAAAAGACAUGAUCCAAAGUCGUACAGUUUUGGAAUGGUACCAUUGAAAGAGGUAAGUCAUUACAAUGAUCAAAAACUGUCUUACGUGUAUAUAAAGCUGAAUCCAAAGAAAGAUUUGCAGCAAUGUCAAUUUUGUUUCUGCAGAGGGUAGAGGCUUCUCUUGGCUAGCAUUACAUUGUUUUGAUGCUUCUUCCUCAAAUUUGUGAUUCUGGUGAUGCAGCUUUGUUAGUUGAUACUCAAAACUUUCAAAUAUUCUUUCAGUUUGGGAACCACAAGAUUUGUAUAAAUAUAUACUGCUUGCCACCACCUUGUGGCAAAGAAAAUGAUUAAUACGUUAGUGGUAGAGUUCUUGAACUCCUUGCUGGUGUAGUUCAAAAUAUUCUACUGUUUUUAUAUACAAUAAUAAUUCUUGUAGGAAAUCUUUAAUUUCUGCAGUUGUAUGAGUAAAGGUACAUGGGUGUGAACAUUCUAUUGGUUUGUAAUUGAUUAAAAUCAAAAUGAAAUAUAGAAUUCAAUUGAUUUGGA